AUGAACGAGUACCCAAUCUACCUCCACGCAAGCUCAUCUGUGUACCAGAAACUCGAAAUGGACACCAGUGGAUCCGCCAAAAUGGUCCUCGACAGUCUGGAGCUUUAUCUAUUUGACGACGAAAGCUACGAGAUCCACGAGCCUCAAGAAUGGAUCCGGUUAGGUCGCAAACUGAACGGAAGUGUGCGUAUACCAGUCACCGCAGCAUCUUACAACGUUCGUGGCGUAGUUACCGCUUGGCUUGAGGCAUAUGUGGUGGGCUAUAACUCGGAAAAGGGACUGUUUUCGGUAGAAUUCCAGCGUCAGGACAAGACGGAAAUCAAAGAGUGCCGACGACUGGAUGUUUGCUUCAAGGCUGAAGACCCCAACAACUUUGCAGAUCGAUAUGUAGCAGCCCAACUGGCACGCGUUCAAGCCCAGAACCUGCUUCGGAAGAGUUUCUACAUCGACUGUAUGCCACUGGAAGAACUGCACAAGUUGGGCAAUGCCAGUUUGGGGAAGAUCGUUCGCAUGGCAACCGCUGUCUUCCACGGGAAGAGUCUUCGAACCCCGGACACGACGCGUAUCGUGCACGAAAUCCAGCUCAGCUACGUACGCACAAUGUGCAGGAUCGUGUUCGACUCCCACCACGAGAUGGGGAGAAACGCAGAUAUUUUUCGAGGUUUUCUAACGAAAGAGGAGGAAGUACCAGCGGAUCCUUGUCCGAGAGUAAUUGUCCCGUAUCCUAACAAAGCCAAGAGAACGAUCGCGCCUCCCGUCGACUACGCGGAUCAAUUCAUUGGCUUCUCCUUCCAGACAUUCCUCACGUCACCCGAAGCCUUGUCAGCUCUGAUCAAGGUGAACGAAGAGUGCUACCGUAUCCUACAACUGGAGCUUUUUAGUGUGAAGCCAGGUCGAAGUGUUAAACUCGAAGAGUUCCAGCAGCGACAACAAGCUCUGGAGCGUGCAGUACUCAAGACGAUCACGGAGGAAUGGCCGGUCAAGGUCGCCUCGAUCAUCAAAACCUCGCUUGGAAAUGUAGGCAAAGGCUGGUACUACUUACAAGAGUCCCGGCAAGACACGUACGAGUUCAGUAAGCUCCGUUCGCUGCUCCGACGCGUCAAUUUGUCCAUGAAGGACACGCUUCGCUUUCUCACUGAUCACUCCCUACAUCAGUUCCACGACUUCGUCAAGAACGCUACACUGGGGGACGUACACAUCGUCGAUGCCAAGACAGCGUUCGUGGCGUAUCCCGACUUGAACCGCCACAAACUCGGCGACAUCAAGUGGCAGCACAUGUGUCUAGAGCGGCAACUUUUGGGCCCGACAUCAUUGUUCACCGUGAACCUCAGUGUUUCAACAGAACUUUACGUGAUUAAUCAACGCGAAGUGGACGCAGCAGCUCAAGUGCACGCUAGUUGGCGACCGAAAGACCCCGAAGACGCCUCCGAAGAGAACCCACACCACCUUGUAGAACCCAAAACGGUGGAGCAAAUGGUCAUGAGCAAACUCUUCUGGAGUAGCUUGCCCUGUCUCUCGUGUGUCAGUGCGAAUGAAGACUGGGUCAUAACGCUACGUGAGAGUAUCGACGCUCUCAUGGACAAGGCGGCCAUCCCGUUACGAGCGUAUCUCCAGCGCUAUGAGACGUACAUCCCCUUCAUUAACGUCAAAGAGGACGAGUAUCUGGCUGACUUCCAAGCUCAACAACCUCCCAACCUCUCUAUGAUCCAGGAGGCUAUCAAGAAACACUACCAGGAAGCCAACACGGUGGAAGAUCUCAUUCCAACGACGAAUGUCGAGUUGGGGAUGUACUCUGUCAACUGCCUGAGUAUUCGCACGCUCUUAGCUGAGAAACAUCGACGUCUAGCGAAGAAACUGCUGGAUCUGCAGCUGAAAAACUCUACUGGGUUAGCCAAAGAACUGUUGGAGAAGUUCGAGAUGGUUAACCGACAGCUGCAGAAGACGCCGCAGAAUAUCGAAGAACUGACCGAGAUGAACGCGUACUUGGAAGGAGUCUCGUCUCAGAUCGCUCCGCUGUUGACGCAGAGUCAGCAGCUCGUCAAGUAUCGACUGGUAUUGGACUACUUGCAGUAUCCCUACGACCGAGAUGACUUCAUGACGAUCUGGAAAGUGCGUUUGUGCCCGAACAAGAUCAACGAGCAGAUGAAGCGGAUGACGCACAUGCUGCAGAUGCAGAAGACCCAGUUCUCGACCGAAAUGAACGAGCAGCAAACGGAGUUCGCAGAGACGUUGAGGAUUCUACACGGUGAAGUGGACGGCUUCCGACAAUACACAGACAUCGCUCGGCUGGAUCAAGUGUACAAGUACGUGGUAAACAUCGAGCAGAAGAUCGCAAAGGCCGAUGACGAUUCCAAGCUCUUUAACUCUCGCGAGGUUCUCUUCGGUCAGGAACUCACAGACUACGACGAGAUCCAGAAGAUACGACGCGACUUUGAGCCGUACUCUUUGCUCUGGAAGACAGCCAAUAACUGGCUGAGGGAGCAAAAGAAGUGGAUGGAUGGAGCGUUCUUGGACAUCAACGGCGAAGAGAUCGAGACGUUUGUUGAGGCCAAUUGGGCGUCGAUCCAGAAGGCUCUCAAGCAGUUCGAGAAGCUCAACGUCAAAGGCUGUUCCAGUAUCGCAGCGAUGAUCAAGGAUAACAUCGCCGAGUUCCGGCCUCAUGUCCCGCUCAUCUUGUCCAUGCGUAACCCAGGCAUGCAAGAUCGCCACUGGAGUCAAAUUAACCAGGAGAUUGGCAUGACAUUCCGACCUGAUCGGAGCAUGAAGUUGAGCUAUGUGCUUGAACUGGGUCUUGAGAAACAUAUCGAUGCUAUUUCACGUAUCGGGGAGACAGCAGGCAAGGAGUAUCAGAUUGAGAAGACGCUCAACGCUAUGGAGGAACAAUGGGCAGGCGUUAACUUAACUAUCGUCGACUACCGCGAGACAGAGACGUUUGUGCUGAAAGGUGUGGACGAGGUCCAAGCGCUACUGGACGAACAGAUCACAACGACUCAGGCGAUGCAGUUCUCGUCGUUCAAGAAGCCGUUCGAAGAGCGAAUCAACCGGUGGGAACGCACACUCAGCACCGUGUCGGAUGUGCUGGAUGAGUGGAUCCAAGUGCAGCGCAGUUGGCUCUAUCUUCAGCCGAUCUUCGACUCUCCGGAUAUCAACAAGCAGCUCCCAACUGAAGGCAAACGCUUCGCUACUGUGGACAAAAACUGGCGUCAAACUCUGGCUGCAGCCAAGCAGAAACCCAGUGUCAUCACCUAUUGUAACAACGACAAGUUGUUGGAUCGCUUCCAAGAGAGUAAUCGGUUCUUGGAGCAAGUUCAAAAGGGAUUGAGCGACUUCCUCGAGACGAAGCGGUCGGCUUUUAGUCGCUUCUACUUCCUCUCGAACGAGGAGCUGCUCUCGAUUCUGUCGGAGAGUAAAGACGUCAAGCUGGUGCAGCCUCAUCUCAAGAAAUGCUUCGAAGGGAUCGUGUCGGUGGAAUUCCAGGAAGACCUCACGAUCACAGCAAUGAUCUCCGCCGAAGGAGAGAAAGUAGCCAUGACGAAGCCUGUGAACCCCGUGAACAAGAACGUGGAGCACUGGAUGACGGAAGUGGAAGAUAUGAUGCGUGUAUCCAUCCGCGACGUCAUGUACCAGGCCAUUCAGGACUACACGAAGAUCCCACGCACCAAGUGGAUCCAGAAAUGGCCCGGUAUGUGCGUCUUGAACGGCAGUCAAUUCCACUGGACUCGAGAGAUGGAGGAGGAGAUGGCGGCGUCCGGAAGUGACGGAGUCCAGCGGAUGAUGGAGCGGCAGCUAGCUCAACUGGCAGAUAUGGUGCAGAUGGUACGAGGACAUCUCGACAAACUCGCACGUGUGAGUGUCGGAGCCUUGGCUGUCAUUGACGUGCACGCUCGAGACGUGACGAUGCGGCUGGUGAACAACAAAGUGAGCUCGAAAGACGACUUCAUGUGGUCUAGUCAGCUCCGAUACUACUGGGAAGACGAUUUGUUCGCCGACAUGGUCUCAGCGCGUCGUCCGUACGGCUACGAGUAUCUCGGCAACUCGUUCCGCUUGGUCAUCACUCCUUUAACAGAUAAAUGUUACAUGACACUCAUGGCAGCGCUGCAGAUGACGCUGGGCGGAGCUCCGGCUGGACCUGCAGGUACUGGGAAGACUGAGACGACGAAAGAUCUGGCCAAGGCUCUAGCCAAGCAAUGCGUCGUGUUCAACUGCUCGGACGGUCUGGAUUAUAUCGCAAUGGGCAAGUUUUUUAAGGGAUUGGCUGCGUGUGGUGCUUGGGCGUGCUUUGACGAGUUCAAUCGCAUUAAUAUCGAGGUUUUGUCUGUGAUCGGCCAGCAAGUGACUACGCUUCAGCUCGCUAUUCGUGCUGGAGAUAAGCGCAUUAUGUUUGAAGACUCGGACAUCGCGGUGAAUCCGCAAUUUGGAGUGUUUAUCACGAUGAAUCCAGGUUACGCCGGUCGUUCCGACUUGCCGGAUUCCCUUGCUGCGCUGUUCCGACCUGUGGCGAUGAUGGUGCCGGACUAUGCGAUGAUCGGAGAGAUCAUGUUCUUUGCUUACGGCUACGAGAAGGCCAAACAAUGCGGAGCGAAAAUGGUCACGACGUUCAAAUUGUGCUCCGAGAUGUUGUCGUCUCAGUCUCACUAUGACUACGGUAUGAGAGCCGUCAAGACGGUGAUCACAGCAGCUGGAAACUACAAGCGCUCGGACCCUGAGAUGGACGAAGAAGUUCUGCUGCUUCGUGCGUUGCAGGACGUCAAUCUGCCGAAGUUCCUUGCGCACGAUAUUCCGCUAUUUGGAGGCAUCAUCAGCGAUUUAUUCCCCGGUAAAAGCCGCCCACAACUUAAUCUGGGAGCGUUGAUUCGAGUGAUUAAGCUGACGAUAGAGAAACAGCAUCUGCAGGCGCAUCCGUUCUUCCUCAUGAAGGUUAUUCAGCUGUACGAGACGCUCUGUGUACGUCACGGUUUGAUGGUCGUGGGCUCCACAGGUGGAGGGAAAUCCGCCAAUCUCGACGUCCUCGCUGACGCUCUUACCGAGUUAAAGCAGCUUGGGGAGAUUGGGCAUGCGUACGAAAAGGUUCUAAGAUACCAAUUAAACCCAAAGUCCAUCACAAUGGGUCAGCUUUAUGGCGAGUUUGACGCCAACACCCACGAGUGGCAGGACGGAGUGUUGUCGACGCUGUACCGAGAAGCUGCUAGUGACACCAAAUCCGACCGCAAGUGGGUGAUCUUCGACGGCCCCGUGGACGCAAUCUGGAUUGAGAACAUGAAUACUGUACUCGAUGAUAACAAGAAGCUCUGUCUGGCUAGCGGAGAGAUUAUCCAGAUGUCCAACGAGAUGACGAUGAUGUUUGAAGUGGAGGAUUUGUCCGUGGCUUCCCCCGCCACGGUGAGUCGAACAGGUAUGGUGUACAUGGAACCAAGUUCUUUGGGCUUUGAUCCGCUUGUGACGAGUUGGUUGGAGAAGGUUGUCCGUGAUAUUGGACUGGGCAGUGCGCCUCCGGUCGUCCAGCUGUGCUUGCAACUUCAUCUCUUGCUGGACGUCUACCUACGUCCAGCUCUACAGUUCGUGACGAGUUAUGUGAAGGAAUGGCUGCCUCAGAUUCCGUCUAACUUGGUGCAGAGUCUGCUGCGAUUGCUCGAUUGUUUCUUCUUCCCGAUGCAAGGGGACGAGAAGAAAGAAGCCAAACUGGAGCGUGUGGGGGGUUACUUGAAGAAUAUUGAAAGCUUCUUCCUCUUCUCGCUCGUCUGGUCCGUUGGAGCAACAGGCAACGACGCAGGUCGCGAUCGCUUUGACGCUUAUCUCCGUGACGAAAUGAUCGGGAACAACGUCAAGAAGCCAUUCCCAGCAGCAGGACAAGUAUACGACUACUCGUUCGAUCUCACCAAGGAGAACUGGGUCCUGUGGCUCCAGACUAUCCCCACUUUUACUAUCGAUUCCUCAGCGUCGUUUUCUGAGUUGGUAGUGCCUAUUGCGGACUCUGUACGCUCGACAUUCUUGAUGAAUCUGACACUGCCCUUGGGUGUACACAUGCUCAUUGUCGGACCGACAGGGACAGGCAAGACGAUCAACGUGAACCAGUUCUUGGAGAAGUCGAACCCAGACAAAUACAUCCCCUUGAGUAUGGCCUUUUCAGCUCAGAGUAGUGCAAACCAAACGCAAGAUUUUAUCGAUUCCAAGAUGGAGAAGCGACGCAAAGGCGUGUUCGGGCCCACAGCCGGCAAGAAGUUCAUCAUCUACGUGGACGACCUCAAUAUGCCCAAGCAGGAGGAAUACUUCGCCCAACCUCCUAUCGAGAUCUUACGCCAAUGGUUCGAUCAAGGAGGCUGGUACGACCGCAAGCUGCUCACGUUCCGCACCAUCAUCGACGUCGUGUUCGUGUGCUCCAUGGGGCCUCCUGGAGGUGGCCGCAACCCGAUCACUCAGCGGUUCGUACGGCACUUUAACAUUGUGGGAUACACUGAGAUGUCCAACGAGAGUAAAGCCAUCGUGUUCGAGACUAUAGUGGGGAACUUCCUCAGUCGCUUCUCGGAAGAGAUUCGGCCUCCUCAGAUCGCCAAGAAGCUCGUCCAAGCGUCCAUUGUCAUCUACAACACUGUCAUUGCCGAGCUGCUCCCCACUCCAGCCAAGUCGCACUACACGUUCAAUCUUCGAGAUCUUGCCAAGGUUUUCCAGGGUGUUUUGAUGGGAGACUCGAAGCGCAUCACGAAGCUGGAGCAAAUGCUGCGACUCUGGGUGCACGAGAACAUGCGCGUGUUUAAAGAUCGCUUCACUACGCCGAGCGAUCACGACUGGUUCAUGGAGUUACUUCAGACUCAAGUAGCGACAGUCUUUGGCGAAUCGCUGGGGGUUUCUAGAACGUCUACAAACUCUAAGAAAGCAGCUUGGGGUCUGGUGCACCCAACGCCAACGUUAUUCUAUGGAGAUUACAUGAUCCCAGGAGCUGACCCCAAAGUCUACGAGGAGAUCUCGGACGUGGACAAGCUACAGGCUCAAGUGGAGGAAUAUCUGAACGACUACAAUGCGGAGAGUAGCGCCCCCAUGAACCUCGUGCUCUUUAUGAACGCUAUCGAGCACGUUUCGCGCAUUGCUCGAGUCAUUCGACAGCCGCAGGGCAACGCGUUGCUGCUCGGUGUCGGCGGUAGUGGACGUCAGUCUCUUACCCGACUGGCUGCGUAUAUGGCCGAGUAUUCGUGCACUCAGAUUGAGAUCUCCAAGGGCUAUGGGGUGGCUGAAUGGCGAGAUGACCUAAAGAAAUGUCUCAUGAAGGCAGGUAUUGACGAGAAGCCGCUGGUUUUUCUCUUCUCAGACGUCCAGAUCGUGCACGAAGCCAUGCUGGAAGACAUCAACAACGUGCUCAACUCUGGCGACGUUCCCAAUCUGUACGCACCUGAAGAUCUGGACCAGAUCAGUCAACACUGUCGAGCUUACUGCGUCAAGAAGAGGAUCCCUCCGACCAAGCUCAACACGUUCGCUCAGUACAUUCUUCUGGUGCGACAGAAUCUGCACCUCGUGCUGUGUAUGAGUCCACUGGGCGGCCUCUUUCGAGAUCGCAUCCGCAUGUUCCCGUCGUUAGUGAAUUGCUGUACGAUCGACUGGUUCAGUGAAUGGCCAGCCGAAGCUUUGCAGUCCGUGGCUGCCAGUGCCUUAUCGUCGGGAGAUUUCCAGCUCACUGGCGAAGCUGCCGUAACGUCUGGAGAGGAAGAAUCCGCAGAAGCGAAGGCAGCGAAGGCAGCAGCCUCGAAAUCCGUCGUCAGUCUCUUCCAGACGAUCCACCAGAGUGUCGAGAAGGAGUCGGUCGCGUUUUUCGAGAAGCUUCGGAGAUACAACUACGUGACGCCCACGAGUUAUCUCGAGCUGUUGCAUACGUUCAAGACGGUGUUGCUACUGAAGCGGGAGGAGGUCCAGUCGAAGCGCUCUCGACUCCAGAAUGGUGUGGACAAGAUCAUCGCUACGAAGGAGCAGGUUGCAGGGAUGCAGGAGCAGCUGGUUGCUCUAAAGCCUCAGCUAGAGAAGACGCAGAUCGAAGUGGAAGAGAUGAUGAAGCAGAUCACGUUGGACAAGAAAGACGCCGACGAGACCAAGGCGAUCGUAGAGAAGGAGGAGCAGAUCGCCAACAAGAAAGCAGCAGAGACCAAGGAGAUCGCCGACGACGCUCAGCGAGACUUGGACGAAGCGCUGCCCGCUCUUGAAGCAGCUGUGCAGUGUCUGAACAAGCUGAAAAAGUCGGAUAUCGACGAAGUCAAGGCGCUGAAGAACCCCCCGCACGGUGUCAAGCUCACGAUGGAGGCUGCGUGUAUUAUCUUCGGUAUUAAACCCACGAUGAAGGCGGACCCGGACAAGGCCGGGCAGAAGGUGAAAGAUUACUGGGAGAGCGCACAGAAGACCAUCUUGGGUAACGCCAAGAAGCUCAUGGAGGAUAUGCUCAAGUUCGACAAGGACAAUAUCGGAGACAAGAUCAUCCAGGAGCUGGAUCGGUACAUUGAGAUGGACGAGUUCUCUCCUGCUGCAGUCAGGAAGGCCAGUGUGGCCUGCGAGGCGAUCUGCAUGUGGGUUCGAGCCAUGCACACGUACCACAAUGUAGCCAAGAUGGUGGAGCCCAAGAAGGUCGUUCUCGCAACCGCACAAGCCGAACUUGACGUCACGAUGCGCGUGCUCGCGGACGCCAAGGCGCGUCUCCAAGCUGUCGUGGAACGUCUCGCCGAACUGGAAAGAAACUACAACAAUGCAGUGGACAAGAAAGACCAACUAGUGCGUGACGUUCGACAGUGUGAGAUCCGUCUCGAGUCUGCGUUGAAGCUGAUUGGUCUGCUUGGGGGAGAGGAGACUCGAUGGGCUGCUACGAUUCGCCAAUUGAACUUCGACUACACCAACUUGGUCGGCGACGUCAUCAUCUCUGCAGCUACAAUCAGCUACUUGGGAACGUUCACUAGCGAGUUCCGGGAGUCGUGUGUGUCGACGUGGUAUGCAGCCUUAGAAGAGCUCAAGCUUCCGCAUACAAGAGGCUGCAACAUCAUCACAACGUUAGCAGAUCCAGUCAAAGUGCGAGGCUGGCAGAUCGCUGGCUUACCUUCGGAUAAUUUAUCUGUCCAGAACGGGUUAAUAAUGGCUCGUGCAAGGCGGUGGUCGCUACUGAUUGACCCACAAGGUCAGGCCAAUCGGUUUAUUAAGAAUCUGGGCAAAGACGCGUCCGAGAACGGUCUAGACGUGGUGAAGCUGACGGAUAAAGGGUUCUUGAAGACGCUAGAGAACGGGAUUCGAUUCGGGAAGUGGAUUCUACUGGAGAAUGUAGGGGAGAGUCUGGACGCCACUUUGGAGCCCGUUCUACUUCAAAACAAGUUCCGACAAGGAGGCCAGGUGGUCAUGAAGCUGGGAGAUUCGACCGUGCCGUACAACCCAGCCUUCCGCUUCUACAUGACCACGAAGCUGCCCAACCCGCACUACCCGCCAGAGACGUCAGUUAAAGUGACGUUACUCAACUAUACCAUUACCCCGAAGGGUCUAGAAGAUCAAGCCUUAGGUGUUGUAGUCCAAGAAGAAAUGCCUGAACUAGCAGAGAAGAAGAACUCGCUGGUCGUAGCCAAUGCGCGAAUGAAAGCAGAGCUGGUGGAGAUUGAGAACAAGAUCCUGUACAUGUUGGCCAACUCGAAAGGGAACAUUCUGGACGAUACCGAACUUAUCGACACCUUGGGCAAGGCUAAAGUGACAUCCGAAGAUAUCAACGAGAAGAUGGCCGAAGCAGAAAUCACCGAGAAGGCCAUCGAUGAGUCACGUGAACGCUACCGUGGCGUGGCUUUCCGCGCCUCGUUGCUGUUCUUCUGCAUCGCAGACCUGGCACUGGUGGAUCCAAUGUAUCAGUAUUCGCUGCCGUGGUUUGUGUCGCUCUUCAUCAAGAGUAUUCACAGCGCCACGGAGAGUGACCAACUGGAAAUGAGACUCGCUCACCUCAACGACUCGGCCACGUACUCACUCUACCGCAACAUAUGCCGCUCUCUCUUUGAAGAACACAAACUACUCUUCUCAUUCCUUCUCACAAUCAAGUUGUUAAUGGGACCUCGGAAGAUUGACAUGUUGGAAUGGCGCUUCUUGAUAUCUGGAUCCACGUCCAGCUCCAUCGAGGCCCCGAAUCCAGAUACUUCGUGGGUAGAAGACCGAAUGUGGCGUGAGGUUUGCGCGUUAUCGUCCUUGCCAGCAUUUGAGACCUUGGCCUCUUCAAUGGCCACCAAUACGUCGCAAUGGCGCAAGAUCUUCGACUCUGCGGACCCACAAGUUGAACGCCUGCCACUGGCUUUGGAUUUGUCGCUCAACUCGUUUCAGAAGCUCUGCGUGCUGCGCUGCAUCCGACCUGACAGAAUGACCGAAGCCAUGCAGAAUUUCGUAGCUGAACACAUCGGCCGUCGCUUUAUUGAGCCUCCGCCGUUUGAUCUCGCAGGCUCGUUCGCAGAUUCGACAGUGAUCACUCCCAUCAUCUUCGUACUAUCUACGGGCUCUGAUCCAGCCAAGGAGUUGCUGGUGUUUGCCGAGACCAUGAAGAUGAACCGCAAACUCAACUCCAUCUCACUAGGUCAAGGCCAAGGACCAUUAGCCACCAAAAUGAUCGAGGAAGCCGUGACGAGUGGCAAGUGGGUUCUACUUCAGAACUGCCACUUGGCCAUCAGCUGGAUGCCGCAGCUUGAACGCAUAUGCGACGAGUUGAAUCCGGACGCAACACAUCGAGACUUUCGCCUGUGGCUAACUAGUAGACCGAGUACAGCAUUCCCGACUUCAGUGCUUCAGAAUGGCGUAAAAAUGACGAAGGAGCCGCCGAAGGGGAUUCGGGCUAACUUGCGUAACUCGUACAUUAAGCUCACGAACGACACGCUGGACGCCACAUCGAAACCUGACCAGUUCCGUAAACUCCUGUUCGGUCUCAGUUUCUUCCACGCUGUCGUGAUCGAGCGAAAGCGCUUCGGUCCAUUAGGCUGGAACAUUCCGUACGCCUUUAAUGAUACGGACUAUGACAUAAGUCGUGCACAACUUGAAAUGUUCCUGGAUUUCUACGACGAAGUUCCCUACAAGGUGCUGUGUGUUAUGACGUCGGUGGUCAACUACGGUGGUCGUGUGACGGAUGAUAAGGACAUGCGCACGAUUGACGUCAUCCUCGAAGGUUUCUUCAAUGCGCAGAUUCUGGAGGAUGGAUACAAAUUUUCUUCCAGUGGCUCGUACUAUUCCCUCACAGCAGACCCUGAUGAUCCACUCGCAAGCUACUUGAGCUACAUCGAUGAAUUGCCAUUGAACCCAGAGCCUGAAGUCUUCGGGAUGCAUGACAACGCAAACAUCACGUGUGCAUUAGCGGAAACGUUCCACACGUUUGACAUCAUUCUAGCGCUUCAACCUCGUGCUGCUGCAGAUGCAAGGGGACAGUCAAGAGAAAGUCUCAUCGAACAACAAGCCCAAUCGAUCAUGGAUCGCCUGCCUCCACUGUUCGAAGUGGAGCACAUUAGUCUGCGGUAUCCUGUCAUGUACGAAGAAUCGAUGAACACCGUGUUGGUGCAAGAAGUACAGCGCUACAACGCACUGCUUCGAGUCCUUCAAGUGUCGCUCCCAAGUCUGCAACGUGCUCUCCGUGGUCUCAUUGUCAUGUCACCGCAGCUGGAGGCGAUGGCUACGUGUUUGUUCAACCAGAAAGUGCCUCCUCAAUGGGAGAAAAAGGCGUAUCCGUCUUUGAAAGCUCUUGGAGGCUGGGUCGACGAUCUACUGGAGCGUCUGCAAUUUCUGACAAAGUGGGUUGACAACGGUAUCCCCCCAGUAUUUUGGCUGUCCGGGUUCUUCUUCCCGCAAGGAUUCUUGACUGGAAUCCUACAGAAUCACGCUCGACAGUUUGGCUUGGCUAUCGACUCGCUGUCCUUCGACUUCCUCAUGCAAAGCCAGAUAGCCGACAGCAUCAAAACGAAACCAGAGAAAGGAGGGUGCUACAUGACGGGGCUCUUUCUGGAAGGUGCUCGAUGGGACAGAAUCUCCCACUCGCUUGUGGAUCCACUCCCCAAGGAGCUAUUCGCUCGCAUGCCGGUGGUGCAUUUACUGCCUGUACAAGACCGUCAAGCCCCUCAGAGCAGCAUUUAUCGCUGUCCAGUGUACAAGAUUCUUACGAGGACAGGAACACUUUCAACCACAGGCCACUCGACCAAUUUCGUUUUCUGGAUCGAUAUCCCGUCCGACAAGAGAACAAUUUUUCGGAACUCGCUCGUAUCGGAGACCAAUCUUCAGCUGCAGUUCGCAGACCAGGACUACUGGAUCAAGGCUGGUGUUGCCUGUUUCCUCUCGCUCAUGUACUAG